UAAAAUAAAAGAACUCUAGAAACCCAACAUCUCCUUGCUAGUAGCUUCCUUCUUCCCCUCUCAUCGUCUUUGAAUUUUGGCGUCUCUAAAACCCAAAAGAAGUGUGCACUCCAUUUCCAUGGGGGUGUCUGAGAAUCCAUUGAUAUCUCUUUUUCAAGCUUUUCAAAACAUCUCAAAUUGUAUUCAAACUCAAAUUUCAUCCUUGACCGGCAUAGCUAUAAACCCUUCACCUCCAACUUCUAAUGAUAAACAACUAUCAUCUCUCCUUUCUUUUUCUUCUUCCUCCUCUGACCUUUCCACCCAGCAGGGUAAAGUCUCAAUUCCUGUGACUAAGGAGGAGUUGGGAAGGGCCACUUGGACGUUUCUUCACACUCUUGCAGCUCAGUAUCCGGAACACCCAACAAGGCAGCAAAAGAAGGAUGUUAAAGAACUGAUGGCAAUAUUAUCACGGAUGUAUCCAUGCAAGGAAUGUGCAGAUCACUUUAAAGAAGUACUAAGAUCAAAUCCCGUACAAGCUGGAUCUCAAUCUGAGUUCUCUCAAUGGUUAUGCCAUGUUCAUAAUGUUGUUAAUAGAAGUCUAGGGAAGCCCGUAUUCCUGUGCGAGCGAGUCGAUGCUAGAUGGGGCAAACUGGACUGUGAGCAACGUCUGUGUGAUUUACAUGGUUCGACCGACUUUGGUGGCGGCAUCUUAUGAGACUUAUUUACUCCUUUUCCUUCUUUGUGGGUAUAUGUAUACUAGAUCUGGAAUUUUUUCGAUCAUAUUGAGUAUAUUGAUAAUUACUCAUGAUAAUUUGUUUGCGGGGUAAGGUAAUUAAGCUGUGUCAUUCAUCAUGAGUUCACGACAUUCCAUGACUAUGGAUCAAUGGUACAUUAUCUUUUAUGACAUAAAAUUUAUC